GUUUGUUACGGUACUGCUCCAAAAUCUUACCUCAUUCAUUAUUUAACCCCACCUCUGACGGAACAGCCAGUAUUCUUAAACACAGAUUGAUAUACACAAUUUACAAGACCCAAAAGAAUAACCAUGUCUCGCCGCCUGCUUAUUGCCCGGCCAGGCCACAUCUAUCUCGCAACUUACAACUCCGCUUCUCCCAGCCUCACCAUCGAUCUCGACCUCCCCGUCGCUGGCAAUCCCUCCUGGUUCGCCGUCUCGCCUGCAGAUCCAAGUCUGUUAUACACCUUUGACGAAAAUACAGCAACAACGUUGCUCUAUAAACUUGACCUUGCGGCAAACUCUCUCACAAAGGUGGCUGAGCGAAAUGACGGCAGCGAGGGCGUCUGCCAUCUGGGCCUCGGCAAAGACGGCGCCAUCAUGGUUGGCAGCUCCUGGGCCUCUGGCACGAUGGACAUUUGGAACACGAGCAACGGCUCUUUGGAGUUUGUCAAGACGAUGCCGUCGAAAGAUGCCGUGCUCGACGCUGGAAGAGUGGCGCGUGCUCAUCAGGCCGUGCUUGAUCCCACGGGCCGCUGGUUUGUCGUCAAUGAUCUUGGCACGGACUCUCUCCUGGUGUUGGACUCGGCGGCGGCCGGUGUGCCGAUUGUGAACCGGGUCCGGGUGCCGGAUGGAUCAGGGCCUCGGCAUGGAGUGUUUUAUUCUUCUGGGGGAGGUGAUGAUGCACCGGCAACGCACUAUAUGCUUCUUUGCGAGAAGAGCAAUCGUGUUAUUGUGUUUGCUUUGGAGUAUGCGGAUGAGGGUAUUGGGUUUACGCCAUUGGGGAGCUAUUCGACGUUUAUGGAGGGUGAUGCCGAGUCUGAGAGGACGGCGGGUGCUGCGGCGGGGGAGAUUGCUCUUUCGAGGGAUGGGAGGCAUGUUUAUACGUCGAAUCGGCUGUUGAACUCUCCGACGGAGACGAUUGCUCACUUUCGGGUCCUUGAAGGUGAACAAGGGCCAUCGUUGGAGCUUGUGGGGGAGACGUCGACGGGAGGGAAACAUCCGCGCAUGUUUAGUGUGAGUAGAGACGGAGGUGAGCUGUUUGUGGGUAAUCAGGAGGGCGAGUGGGCAGUUGUGGUUUUGAAGAGGCGAGAUGAUGGGACGUUGGAAGAGGAGCCCGUGGCGGGGAUUAGGAUGCAUGAGCUUGUGAAGCCGGGGGGAGAUGAGAGAGGACCCAUGUUUGUGCUGGAGGUUGUGUAAGAAUAUGAUUGAUGGUAAUAAAAAGUAUCCGAUAUAAGUCAUCUAUGUAUAAGCGUUAUAGUUUUGUCCAACAUGGCAGUCUAUACGAUAUUAUGCUAAAAAGUAGGUUCCAUUUUCUUUUCCUUCUCUUUUCUCCCCUGAUUCACAUCUUUUCUCCUACAACAAUAGCAGACCCAUUGCUGCAGACACCAUGCUCCAUCCCACAGCCUGGACAUUGACUCUACCGGCACUGCUCUUGCCAGCAGCAUCAGACACACUCGAAGGAGUGCUCUUUGGCGUGCUCGCGGCCGUAGUCGUAGCGGGAGGUGUCUGAUCAGCGGGUUUGGAUGCUGCUGGCGUUGGGCUGUGAACCGGCUGGACGCUGCUUGAAGCAGGGGCGCUGGGCUUGGACGCAGCAGACUUUGAGGGCGCCGCUGGGGCAGCUGACGAGGAAGAAGAGGCGGGAGGGUUUGCAGGAGACUCGCUGCCUCCGCCGCAGCUGCUGGAGAGGCCCUGGAGAGCAGAGUCGGGGGUGAUGGUCAGGACUUUGGUGCCGCAGUUGGCGUAUUGGGCGAGGUGGAUGCUGUUGCCGGUGAGGUCGAAGACGGC